AUGCCCCGCCCAGGGAAGGACUCCUACGAUGAGCAGAAGCCGCCAUAUUCGUAUAUUUGGCUAACCUACAUGGCAAUUCAAAAUUCUGAGGAAAAAAUGCUUCCACUCACUGAUAUCUACAAAUUUAUUAUGGACAAAUUUCCUUUCUACAGAAAGAACACUCAGAGGUGGCAAAACUCUUUGCGACAUAACCUAUCAUUUAACGACUGUUUUAUAAAAAUUCCACGAAGACCCGAUCGGCCAGGGAAGGGAUCGUAUUGGGCCGUGCAUCCGAACGCUCUCGGCAUGUUCGAGAACGGCAGUUGUCUGCGAAGAAGAAAACGAUUCAAGGAGAAAGAAGCAAUUCGCAGGGCUAAAUUUGCUGGUUGUAUUGAUGCGCUUGAGAAAAAAGGGGAGACAAUGUUAGAAUAA